AUGAACAAAAACGGAACAGCUAAAAUGAAUGAUAAUCAAAUUAGAGCAGAAGGUAGAAGGUUAUUUAAACGCUUCUAUAACAUUCCUGAUGGUGUUAAUCCUAAAACUCGUAGAAGCUAUUUAAAUGAAGCAAUAGAUGCAUAUGAAGGGUUUGACAUUUCAUCAGAAAGUGAGAGGUUAGCAAGAAUGUUAAACGUUAAUAUUGAUUUUUAUUAUUGUGACCCUCAACCAGAAGACGUAGACAUUAACAAGGUAGACUUUCCAUUAGUGGAAUCAAUAAUGAUAGAUCCAGAAUUUGAAACAGUAAAUAUUUUACUAACACAGAGUCCAUGUGGAAAACUUCACGCUGACAGAAUAACAGACGUUGAAGCACUCACCGGCUAUAGAGUUUGCCCCUUUUGCAAAGAAGAAGUAUAUUCUAUCCGUGAUGAUCCAGAAAGGAAAAACCAAAGAAGAUUUUUAAAACAUUGUGAGAAAUGUAAAGAAAAUAAUGGAAGAUUAAUUCAAGACGUUCAAUUGCAAAACACACAACAACCAUAUGCACCACAUAUCACGAAACAGAAGAUAUAUCAAUGGCUAUUAGCACAUAAUUUGCAGGAAUAUUAUAAACCAACAAGAUAUUAUAUUACUUUUGACUUCGAAACAUUAGAGACUAAAGAAGAACUUCAACUUUCUGAAUGUGCAACUUUGAAUGCUUACUUAAAACCAUUCAUGGUAUCAUCAACUGUCAAAAUAAAGCCGCAAAGCGGCGAGGUCGUAGACCGUGAUAAAACAUUUACGAGGAAUUUUUGCUUAACUUCAAGUGAUUCUUUUAUUUCUGAUUGGAUUGAGUUUUUAUUUUCAACCUGUUCAUUAGUUGCUAAAUCAAAUAUUGAACAAUAUGAAGAAUUAAUGAAGUCACAAACAUUAAAUGAGAAACAAAAGGAAGCAUUUAAAGAACUUCUAGAUGAGGAAUUCAAUAAAGUGAAUAUCAUAGGUUUUAAUUCGGGAAAGUUUGAUUUAAAUUUAAUUCUUCGUGAUUUAAACACUGCAAAAUGGAAAAUAAAAUCAAUGCUGGGUUCAUCUUCUCAAUUUAAGCAAAUCAUUGUAAAGAAAACAAACGUUCCAUAUGAAUUGAGAUUUAUUGACAUCAGAAAUUAUAUAGCGGGUGGGACAUUAGACCAAUUCACUCAAGAUUUCGGAAACAAUAAAUCACGUGUUAAAUCCUUUUUCCCUUAUCAAUUCAUCACAUGGGAAAAUUACGAAGAAGAAUUAUAUAAAGAGGAACCAUUCACUCAAGAUUCAUUUUAUUCAGCAUUAACUCAAGAAACUAUAUCAGAUAGUGAUUAUCAAAUAUAUCUCAAUGAUGCUAAAAACUUUAAGAAUAGAUUAGAAUAUUUUAUUCAUUAUUGCAAUAAAGAUGUUGAAAUUAUGAUUGACCCAAUUGAUAAAAUUAUCGAAGAAACAUUUGUUUAUAAAAUUGACAUGCUUCAUAAUCUUUCUUUAUCAUCGAAUGCAUCAAUGAUUCGUUACGCUUUAGCAUAUAAAGACUUUAAUCCUAACGAAAAAUAUCCAGAAGAAGAAAAUGUGGAAUCAAGUUUUGAAUUAACGAAAAAGUAUUGGAAAUAUAAAAUUGAAUCAUAUAAGAAACAAGAUGAAAAAGCAGAAAGGGAUACUAAAAACAAUGUUUCAAUGGAUGAUUUUCAAUACUAUCACGAUUUAAUCCUUUCAUCUAAAUGCAAAAUGUGUGGUAAAGCGUUUACAUAUGCUAAUAAACCAACAUUGGAUAGAAUCGAUAAUGAAAAACCAC